UGAAAGACCACGCCUCCUCCUUGUGUGCACAGCGCUAGCGCAGCCAAGUGAGAUUUCGGUAGCUAGCUAACCAUCCAUCAGAGGAAUCCAAGGCUAUAAGGUGCUCAGAAUGGAUGAUGAGCAAGUCAAGAGGGAGGUAUGGGACGGCUCUGUGCCUGUGUGUUUCUCAAUUGAUGACGAGGAAGUGAGCUUCAAUAGGAGCAACCUCCCAGAGCCCUGCUAUAUAAUGAUUCCGCGGAUCAGCUACUUUCCUCUGGUGUACGAAAAACUCGAGAAAUUGUUUGCCAAAGCUGCUGAUUUCCAACCGGGGGCUGACGAACUGUGGCUGUCCUUCGAAGAGCAGCCUCUUAAAUGGCAUUAUCCGGUGGGCGUCUUGUAUGACCUGUAUGGGCGGAACUGUCGACUACCCUGGACCCUCACUGUGCAUUUCAAGAAUUUCCCCGAGGAUUCGUUGCUUCACUAUCAGAAAGAAUCACUCGAGUCACACGUCAGGUCCAAAGUCAAAGAGGCGGACACUCUCAAGCACAGGUCAGAGGUCAUGAACUCCAUGACCCCCCAAGAGGUCGGCCAGCUGUGGGAGGGAUUCAAACACAAUAAUUUCACUGAUUUCUGGACUGUGAACAAGAAGCUGAUGCGAACUAUAAGAGGAGACAAAAGUCCAUUCCGCUACAUACCCUUCUGUGUGUAUAAGGAAGGCAGUCCCACUUACCAACGAUUGAUCACAUCAGUCUCCUCGGAAACAGAGGGCAAAGCUCAAACACUUUUUGAUUUGCUGAAUCUUUACGACAAGCAUCGAAGUUUGUCACCCGAUCACACUGCCAUGAUCCACGGCACAGAGGUACCCGGAGUGACCCCACUGCAAUGGCUCAGUGAACAUUUCAGUUACCCUGACAAUUUCUUACACAUUUGUAUUGUCCCUAAAGACACUCCAGAAACUACCUAGGCUUUGUGCUGCUGCAUGACUCUCUUGAUUUUGUGUGUGUCUUUUAAUUUGUCUGUUUGUGUGAGUGUAAUUAUAGCUUUAUAUUAGCUUUGUAUAGGGCUCACAUAAUUAUUAUAAUAAUUGUCUCAAUUA